AUGGCGGUCCUUAGCUCUCGCAGCACAUGGCUAGUCUGCUCUACCCUUCUGUCCUUUUUCUCUUCUCUUCCGAAGGCUGGCAGCCCAGCCAAAGCUGAACAAAAGGCCAGCUAUGCGCCUGGGGAUGCAAUACCUGUUAGCUGUUUAAACAGGACGGUUGACACUGGAGAACAUAUCACAGAUGAUCAGGGCCAGCUUCAGUAUAUUUCUUUCAUGACGUGCAAUGAGACGGGGCGACCUCUCGAGCUUUACUUUGGCGUUGAGAAAGACAUUAAUUGCACCCUCGAGUCCAUUGACGAUCCCCUCUUCCACCUCCUCGAAUUCUACAUCCACAAUGAUGCCCCUUUGACCUGUCGCAUUCCCACCCAUCCCCUGACCUCCACCCAAAUAUCUUCACCCUCAACCACUUCUCCCACAACAGACGACUUCAUACCUCUCAUAUUUGCUCUCUCCGGCGCUCUUCAGCUUUCACACCUACACAUAUCGCCAAAAUUGAACGUGCUGCUGCACACGAGCCCUGAAUUAGCGACUCAGGAUGCAGAUUUAUUAGCCGCGACGGCAUACUCUUCGCCUUCACUGUCCUCCGCAUCUACGAGGAUAGUGAUUGGCGAUCCGCUUGCCCUCCAACUUUCAGUGCAUUGGUACACUAGUCCAACUCUACCGCCAUCAACAACGGGGAAAGCUGGUCUAGGAGGCCAUGUACAUCUUAGCACGGUGGUGUAUUGUCUUUUAAGCGGGGGUGUGGGCGUGGCGGCGAGUUUGGCUUAUUUCAGAGGGGUGGAGUUGCCGAGAAGGAUCAAAAGGUAUGGAAAGGACAGAACAGGAGGGGAGAGGGGUGGUGGCUACGCAUUUCCUGGAUCUGGAAUGAACGGUUAUGGGACGGGGAAGAGGGAUUGA